UUGCUUAUAAUAAAUACCACAUUCAGCCUACACCACGCUAAACUGGCUCUUGAAUUACAUUGAGCAUUAAGAUAAGUAAAUUAUCGGUAUAAUUUGUAUAAUAUGUACAUCUUAUUCUCAACUACGCGCAUUCAAAUAAUUACGAUUUCCGUACCCAGAUAAGGUAACUUUUCCGAAAGUAAUUUAAUACAAAAUGGGUAUCGAAUUAAACAGCAAAAGCCAAUUAGUUCGACGAGUUUUUCAAUGAACCAGUCGUAACACGAGAAUUGUCCGCGCAUAUUAAACCACCCGAAUAUAUUAUUUUGCAUUUCAUUUAAAUUCACACCAAACGAGCAUGCAAAAAGUGAUCGAAUAAAAUGCACUGAGUUUAAAUAAUUAUCUGGGUCGUGAGCCAAGUUUCAGUAUUACUGGAAACUAGUCUCGGUGAUUGAAUGUAUGCAUCUAGUUUGGAUAUCAGCGUUUAAUGUUGUCCAAUCUCACAAGUGCUAGAAGCUACGAGUAAUUUGAGUAGGUACUUGAUACUCGUAUUGGUACCCUACCUACGUACAUUGUGGUUCAUUAAGUUUUAUUGUUUUUUGGUAAUAUGAUCUCACUCUCAGUUUUGACGUAAAUUCUUCAAAAAAGUCAGCCCAUGAACUGCGAUCAUCCAUCAAAAUUCACAGAAGUGCAUCGCAAUGACUGGGAAUUUUUCAAAACGAUAUGUCAUCGUUGGAAUGAUAUUCGUUGGAUACACGAUUUUCUUCGUGACACACGCAAACGUAGGAAUGGCAGUGGUUGCGAUGACAUCAUCUAAAAACAUCACAGGAACCGAUGGUGUGAUAAAAGUUAUUCCGGCAGAAUUUGACUGGAGCUCGAUCCAGAAAGGUGUGGUCAUUGGUUCAUUCUCAUACGGUCGAUUGAUGGGAGCAUUAUUGACCAUACACGUGGGACGGAUUGGAGGAAGUACCGCGUACUUUUUCGGACUCAUCAGCACAGCCAUUGUGAUAAUUUCUUUACCGUUUUUAUUGAACGUCAAUUUCUGGUUAUUUGUAAUAGGAAAUGCACUCAGUGGCACCUUCGAGGGGAUUUCAUAUAGCAGCGUUCCACAAAUUUGGUCCAGAUGGGCUCCUCCAGAUGAAAGAGCGAAAAUGACAAGUAUAAGUAUAACAGGAAGUUACUUCGGACAGAUUGUUUCUUUUUUCGUAGGAGGAUGGAUAUUAUACGAGUGGAAUUGGGAAAUAUUAUUCUACGUCACAGGAAUUACAACACUAGUAUGGUGCUGCAUAUGGUUCAUGGUGGUGAAAAACGACCCUGCUGAUGAUAAAUGGAUCUCGAAAGCUGAAAGGGAUUAUAUCAAAGAACAACUCGCGACUAAAAUUGAAGAUAAAAAGUUGGAGUAUCCUUAUAAAGACAUAUUGACCUGUUUACCUUUUUGGAUAACAUGUUUGGGAAAAUUUAGCUACGGAUUUGGUACGACUUUCAUGAUGUCGUAUUUGCCCCAGUAUAUCCAAGAUACAAAUAAUGUCAAUAUCAAAGAAAUUGGAUACUUAUCGAUGAUCCCUCAAAUUUGUGCGAUGAUCGCAAACCCUCCUGCUGGUUACAUCUUCGACUACUUGAGAUCAAAUAAGAUACUUUCACUGACAAAUAUCCACAAAUUAUACGCUUCUAUUGGUUUAUUUGCUGGCACGAUCACCUUUUUAGCAGCCAGUUUAUGGUCAAAUUUUCUAUUUUCUAUCAUCUGUAUGGCCAUAUAUGGGCUACUGAUCACGUGUGCAAUUUUACAAAACCAGAUAGUGGUUCUAGAUCUGGCCCCAAGAUAUGCCUCUUUUAUGGCAUCUGGGGCAUUGUUCUUUUAUAACUUAGCUUGUAUAUUGACUCCAAUGAUGAUCGGAUUUAUUGUCACGUCUCACGGUCGUUUGCAAUGGAGCAUUUGCUUCAUCAUAUUUGCAGUUCAGUUUACCACAACUGCUUUAAUUUAUAUAAAAUUCCUUUCGGUUAAAUUGCAACGCUGGGCAAACCACAACAUUGAUGAGCAAGCAGCUCAAUCGUUAGAAACCAAAUCAUCGACGUGAAAUUCUACACUUAUUUUUAAUCAAGAACCUGGUUUUCUUUUUUUUCUUUUUUUAAAUACAAAAUGCUUUACAGUA